GCCCAAUGAACAGCCACUGUUAUGUACAGUAUUCAAGCAAGCAUCCACUGAGUGCGACUGUUUUUUCUGAUUUCCUAGUUGAUUUAACAUUUUCUUUAGUAUCUCAUGUUGAGCAUAUUUGUGUCAAGUUGUUCAUUUUUUACUUGAUCUUUCAAGGUUGCAUUUGAUAUGGAGCUGAAAUGCUUAGAAGAUAACAACAGUGUUGUUCCCAACUGCCUGUUUAAAUGCCCGGAGGGUUAUGAAGAAAGCUGCAUUGAUCCAUUGCUGUAUCUUCCAUUAUGCAAAUAUUAAUUUCAGAAGAAUGUCUGUAAUUCACUAUCUUUUCUAAGAAAUCUUGCCAGGGAAUGUAUAAAUCAGCACGAAAAGAGGCAAUAGAGAAUUGUCAGGCACAACCCAAUGAUCUAAUGGGGAUGAUUUUACAAGCAAGUCAGUUUGAUCAUGAUGUUAACAUGAAGGAUCUUGUGGAUGAAUUCUGUGCUUUUUUCAUUGCAGGUAAGUACAGUGUGUACUGUCAGGCUAGUGUACAUUAUAUUUCUGAGCAGUCCUAAUGGAUUGUAUACUAGCUACAAAAAAUUCCCACUUACAGUACAAUUGACAAGGGAAUGAAAUGCUGUUUUAGUUAUUUUAUAAGUUCAAAUAGGAUCUCAGGAAUUAGACAGGCCAAUUCAAUUUGAGGAGGAAAAAACAGAUGUUUUUUGAAUUUCAUGGAUCUAAUUUGAAUGUUACAAUAAUAAUUUUUUAGCAAUAAAUUGAUAUAAUUGCCCUGCCCGACCCCUGCUAGAGCUGGUCAAUACAAGAAUCAGGGUUCUCACAGGAAAGAAAAAAAAACAACGACCUAGAAAACAAAGACCUACGACUCAUAAAAUGACAACCCAGAAAGCGAUGACCUAGCAAAUGUUGGCCUAGAAAACAACAACCUACACACUGUAGAAAACGGCUAUGGAAUCAAUUGAGAAACCUAUACAGAGUCAGACUCUGGACGUUUACGACACUGAAAUACCAACAGUGGUGAAAGACUUAAACUUUUAAUUAGGACUUUUAAACUGUGUAGCGUACCUGAAAUUUGUUAAAAUGACACUGUCAACGUUUCACUGACAGUCAAUCUUGUCUCUUACUUUACUGUACCAUGGCAAAAUCAUGAAAAACCGAUAAAAACUGUUGGUAAUCUGAUGUAAAUCAUGCUAAAACAACGUAAAAUUUCUAGAAUGAAAGAAAGCAACAUAUACACUGUGAUGGUAAAGGCACCAAGAUGUACAACUUCUUAAAAACAUAAAAAUGAUAGCAUCUUUUGUCAGGUUUGACUCUUGUUUACAGCCAAACCUACUAUUCUUGCUUACUGUAAUUAUUCCUUCAUACGGGUGUUUAACUGCUUACCACAAUGACAUAUUUGAAUGAUUGAUUAUUAAAGUUACUCAAAUUGCAUGAUGUUGAUUUCAACCAAUCAGAUUGAGGUAUUAAGGCUGUGACAUGUUUUGAAGACUGACCAAUCAGGAUUUUAACAUUCAUUUGGUGGAUGUAUACAACAUAAAAAAUGAUAGCAUCCUUGCAGGCCUUCCCCUCCCUCCUUCCUCAUGCACCCCCUUGCGCUUCUCUCAUGCCCAAAACCACGUUUCACCUCCCUUUCGAAAGCCUCCCACACAGGCUAUGGCACAGCAGUCUUGACUUUCUUCUUUCUGCUUUUUCUUCUCCCGUCAUGUCUUGCUUUUCUUGCCUGAUUUUUUUCUUUUGCCUGGCAUUAAGACUUAGUAGGCUUCAUUUUGGUGGGAAAAGUGUUUGGGAAAGCAUUUAGGAUCUUGAUUUAAUUAAGAAAGGUAGAUGGGUGGCCAUGGGUAGUGAAACAAAAUUUUCAUGAAAAUUUUUGGGUCAAUGUUACUUGGCUUUUUACCUUUUGCUCUGGUCUCGUCAACUGAAUUGUGCUCAUCCUGGUAUAAAUAGAAAGAUCUCUUCACCCUGCACAAGUUAGCAGACAAAGUUGUCCUUAACCGUUAAAACUGCAUGAUGUCCUAAGGGGUCGAAAAACAGUGGAUCCACAUGGGCAGUUCAGGGAUUGGGUUAAAUGGUUGGUCUUUACUGGAGCAGCUUGGUUUUGAGGUUUGACUUAAUUUCAUAACGUUAUCACAGUGCAUGCAGCUACAACUUCUGAUCUAUGACUCAAAAUAAGGUUAAAGCUAGUGUCAGAUAAAAAGUGAGCAGGACAUAUGUGUUGCAGUUAAUUUUAUGUUUCAGAUAAUUUUUGUUUUUCCUUUGUUUUUUUGGUAGGUAAUGUAUGCUAAUGAAUUUGAAACAAAGGAAAAACAAAAAUUACCUGAAAUAAAAAAUUACCUGCAACAUAUACAAAACAUGGACCCCCAGUCCAUGGACCACCCCUAAUUUUUGAAGAUGAAUUUUAACCAGAGGCCUAAACAAAUUUUUGGAACCUUAUAUGGACAUAACGUUACUGUGUUGAAACUGGGAAACUUAUUAUCAGGGUUAUUUGCUCGUCAUAUUUUUUUCAAUUUUCCAUACCAGUGUAAUGAGUUUGUUUUAGUCUGUUGGAGUAACCAUAUUUGAAGGGAACAGGAAGAGUGGUAGGGAGGACGUAGUCUCCUAUGCAGCUCUUUUUUGUCGUCAUGUUGCUUCAAAAGUGAAAUGAAAAUUGACAAAUGGCUGCAUAUGUGACUAAGGAAAAAGUUUAAUGUCUAUAUUGUAUUUGUAACAACAACAAUCUCAACUUGAGUGAAUGACAAGUUACAUGAACCAACUUGAAACACAUUUGACCAACCACCUUGUUUGAUGAUAUGAAGGUCUUUUAAUGCUUGAUUCAUGAGCAGGAUUCAAGUAAAUUUGCCGAAUAAUAAACACUUUGAAGGGCUAUCAAGGGAGGGGAUGUCUGGGGGGGGGGUACUCAAUCAUUAUGCAUUUCCUUUUCCUCCCUAUUCUGCCACACAGCUGUUUUUGUGUUGAUCCUCACGCAAUAUGAUGACACAAAAAAGAGUUGACUACCUCCUCCCUACCUCUCCCCUUGUCCUCUUCAAAUAUUGCUUUUCCUUCCAGACUAAACCAAACCAAUAAAUAGAAUUCAGGAAAAAUUUGAGCAAGUGUAUAACUGAUGAGGAGCCUUUAAUCCUGAUAAUAUACUAAACAUUGUGACAGUUUUAUCCGUAAAUUUGUUUAAACCUCUGGUAAAAAUUCAUCUUCAAAAAUUAAGGGUGUUCCAUGGGGGUGGUCCAUGGACUGGGUCCACAAAGAGGUCCAUGGACUAGGUCCACAGAGGUGGUCUAUGGACCCGGGUUCCAUGUUUUGUAUGAUAUGCAAGUGAGCACUUUUUAAAGUUUGAAAUUGUUGUUAUUAUAUUUUCAGGUAAGGACACAACAACAAAUCAAGUCAGCUUUGCAUUACUAGAAAUCCUCUUAAACGAAAGAAUUGAAAACAGGUAGUCUUAUGAAGUAAAAUUGUUUCAGCUCUAGCCUUGUUAUGGUAUUAAUUCAACCUCUCAGAUUUAAUCUGUCAUGCCCACCGGUGACAGCUCUGUUUACUGUAAAAUAUAUUCAUUUACAGAUUGAAGAUUCUACUCCUGUUGUUGAUAGUUACUUUAAAGUACGUAUUAAUAAUAUCAAUUAUUGUUGUUUUCACUUUUUUCAGG